UGACCUGUUGAGUUGUGUUAGCUCCAAUGGAAAGUCAUCCCAGCUGUUACAGUGGUGUUCACAGAGCUUGGGGUGCAACAGCCUCUUUUUGGUUGGUUAGGGGGGUUUAUUUUAACUUUAAUAAUGGCAAACAGCACCACACAUGGAUCCUUCAGUUCAUUGUGAUCACAAAAAAAAAUGUGGCAUGUUGGUAAUGAAUGUCUAGUUGGGCUUUUUGUAACUUUCAUGGGUAUUUCUCACUAGGGAGUUAGUUGCUGUGAUCAGCAUUUAUUUUGGAGUACCAGUUGUUGUUAGUCUGAAUACUCUCAUACUUUGGAGAAAGGGAUUUGCUUGGGGAAAGGGUUGCUAAAGUGAUUAUGAGUAAAGUCACAAAUGAACUACACAGAACUUUUUUCAGAUGUAAGAAAAGGUGUCAGUAUUCAUAAGCAGGAAGGGGAACCUGCCAUACGUUCUUCAAAGGUUUAGGCCUAUUAAGCCUAUUGUAUAUCUCAGAAUUAGUUUUAGUAAUUUACAUCAUCAGCUCAUGGGAUAAUAACCCUGUUAAGUACUUCCUUAAGACAGUCAUCCUUUUCCCUUGGAGGCUAGAAGAGCUUUUUUCUGAAGUGUCAUCAGAGCCUUUCUUAGGGGCUUCCAUAACACCCCUCAGCCAUGACUCACAGUGUUUCUGUGGGUCCUUAAAGUGUUAUACAACUGGGAUGUUGGCACCAGCUGAGCAAGUGCUAAAAAGCUGGAGGAUGGCCCCCCUACCAAAGGCAGGAUUAGUUCAGAACUCUCUGCAGUUGUAUCGUUACCUGCUUCGAUGCUGCAAGCAGCUUCCUGAAGAGAACAUUCGUCAGCAUUACAGACAUGCAAUCAGGCAGAGUUUCAAAGUUCAUGCUGAUGAAGAUGAUCCCGAGCGAAUCCAGCAGAUUAUUAAAAGAGCCAUUGAAGAUGCUGACUGGGUGAUGAAUAAAUAUAGAAAACAGAAGUAGAAGAGGAAUGAUGAAGAGAAGAAUGUCAUUGGUAAACAUCCUUAGAGGACUUGCAGUCAAGCCCACUACUAUAUUAUAGUUAUUGCCUGGAGUUUUCUCUUAGAUAAUAUAGAAUGCAAUAAUUUUUAUCUCAGUGGGAUGUCAUGAAGCUAAAUUACUAUUUCUGAAGCUAUUUGAGUCUGUAAAUUAAAAGGCACAGUCUAGGUUCAAAGUAAUAGGUUGUAUAACCACAAACUUAAAGCUGAAACUCAUCUAAGUUUUGAGUAACACAGAGAGCUUCUCAGGAAAACUUACUGUGAAUAAAAAUGUAGUGCAGUGCAAAUUAGUAACAAAUAAUAACUAGUGCUCUCUCUGUCAUUCAUAUCUGAUGAAUUCCACUGUCUCAGCUAAAAGAACUUAACUGGUAUCUGAGCAUAAAUGUUUAUGCUGGGAGCCUGAGAGAUGCUCAGAUCAUCCUCUGACAGGACCAUAAAUGCUUUCAGGGUGAAGCAGAGGUAUGAGCACAGAUCUGGUUUUAACUUAGUAGCAGACACAAAAGCAUGGGCUACUGAGUGGAGAGCACAGCCACAAGAACUUCAAGCCCACCUGAAACUUGAAGCACAGUAUUUUCCACUUGCCUGUCCAUGCUAUGGAAACUCAUGGUUGUCUUUUCUUAUUUCAAGAUAGGUGCCUGUCAUCCUAAUCUCUAAACUUGCAUGAAAAGGGACAAUAUUCAGGUGGGGUUUGUGCACUGAAUGGCAUGAUCACAGAAACAUGCAGUGCUGUACAAAUACAGAGGCAUUUACAACUGUUUUGCAACAUAUAAUAAACGUCCUUCAGAAA